AUGGGUCACCAGGUGCUGCCCCGAGAUUCCCAGAAGCCUUGUUCAGAAGCUCUUUCGCUUAAGACAGAUUCUGUUGUUCCUUGUCUAUUGAAAUUGCUGGCACUGUGUUAUAGAGUAAAUAAAGAUGACAAGAAGGCCCCUGACUCUGCUGCUAAAGUCAAAGGCGAAUUAGCCAAGAAGGGAUAUGUUGGAAUUCACAUCUCAGGAUUCAGAGAUAUCCUUUUAAGGCUGGAGCUUGUACGCCCGAUUGUGGACUCAAUAUUUGAGCAUCCUUUUGAAGGUAUACUAUUGAAUUCAAUCUUCCCCGGCGACGGUAUGGCCCCGAGAUUGCCGAGUCCGUCAAACAGAUGGAUGGAGUACCCAGCUCAUGCAAGAACUUCGAGACAUCCCUUGGAUCAGUCGUUGGCUGCAUAUGGAGACCAUUCAGUCCUGCGCGAAAAAUGCUUAUCUAAAGGUGAAGUUGUUUGUCUCUAA